AUAAAAAACAAUUCAAUUUCAGUUUAACAUCUUCCGUGGCGCUUUACUCUCUCGGUUACAGUGUCUUUUUAGACACAACGUCUUAAAUACCAAUGUUUAAAUCUUUGUCUGAUGCUCUCCGUUCUUUAUUUAGCGGCUCAGCAAAUGAUAUCAAUAAAACCCCUGUUGGAUCUAAAAGAAAACGAAAUACUGAUGAAAUUUUCAGUUGUGAUCCAGAUGUACAGAUAACAAGAAUAGAAAAGAGAAGGCGUCUAGAGUCAGACUCAUCUUAUAGCUCAUUGUUUCCAUUAGAAACAUUUAAAAGAUCAGCAGCCAAGAUGGCACAUUUUAUAAAACCAAAACACAGCUUUCAGAAAGAUUUUAAUGUCCAGCCUGUUGAACCUCACAGUAGAUGGAGUGAAAGGCCAGCAGCAGAGAGAAAUGGCACCAGUCUACAGUCUUGUACAAAUAAAGAGGAGAAAAACUUAGAAUACAAAAGAUUCAAUCCUAAUCACAUUUCUGGUGGUUCAAGAGGUUGUUAUUCAAUUUUUCAAACAGAAUUAAAUCAUGGGCUAAAAAAUGGAGUCUUGGAGAAAACUAAACAAGAUUCUGAACAAAGGCAUUUCACUUUUUUUAAAAGAGUUCAACCUUGCACAAUUACUAAAUGUAUUCGGCUGAAUGAAAAAGCAGAGUAUCAAAAGCUUCUCCAGCGGCAAUGUGCACCACUUUGGUCCAAAAAAAAUUCAACACCACAUGACUUCAGCACAUGUACUGCAAAAGAUCUAGACUCAAGUACAAUCUCUUCCAGAAGUAGUUCAUGUGAUACACCUGUCCACUCGAUAUCUAGCAUUUCUUCUAGACGAAUAUUACCCCAAGGUAUUUAUGUCAGUCAUUCUAGAUUUAAAGAAAAGUCUCCUGUGACUUCAAACAAUCAAUCCAAACUAAAAGAUUUAGAAACUCCUUAUUGUAGACCUUAUUCUGUCAACAAAUUAUUUGAGUCUCACAAAGUUGCAGAAAACAAGAAAUGCCUGCCUGAGAAGGUCACUAAUGUGACAUCCGAUGCUAUUGUGAUUCUAGAUGAUGAUGAUGAUGAACCAGCCCGAGAUGCUUCAAACAAAGAUGCACAGAAUCAUGACUCUUUAGAUAUCAGAGACAGAAAAUGUUUCCAACAGUCCAAGUACUUUGAUGAUAAAGAAAUGGAAGCUAAGGAAAGACUGCGGGUGCUUGAACGAGAAAGAAGACUUCGUUUAAUAGAAGAGGAGGAGCUUAAAGCGGCUGCAUACAGAGAAAAGCGUCGAGCUCAAGAACUGAGUUUAGAAAAAAAGUUGAAAUACCAAAUGAGGAUAUUUGAUGAUGAACCAGGGGUUUCAGAAGAAAUAUUUAGAGAAGAGAGUGAAGAAGAAGAGGAAGUGCUACCAGUGUUGACCGAAGAGAUGGAUCAAGUUAUUAAUUAUUCAUUGGGACCUGGCAAUCCUAAUGAAGUACUUUCAGAAGCAUUCCGUUUACAAAUCACUCGUAGAGAUCUGGCUACAUUGAAAGGCCUGAACUGGUUGAAUGAUGAGGUCAUCAAUUUCUAUAUGAACAUGCUGAUGGAGAGAGGAGAGAAAAGUAAUAAUAAAGUGUACGCCUUCAACACAUUUUUUUAUCCAAAAAUAAUGUCUGGAGGCCAUUCGGCAGUGAAAAGAUGGACCAAAAAUGUGGAUAUCUUCAGCAAGAAAUAUAUCAUCAUUCCUGUCCAUUUGAGUAUGCAUUGGUGCUUAUGUAUUGUCAACAUGGAGAAAAAAGUCAUCACUUACUUUGAUUCCAUGGGCGGGAAGAAUCCCAAUUGUUUGCGAGCUGUUUUGAACUAUUUGAGAGAUGAAAGUGUAGCAAAAAACCAGCCACAGUUUCAAGAGAAAGAAUGGGAGAUCAAACAUGCUGAGGAUAACCCCCAACAAAUGAAUGGUGGAGACUGUGGUAUGUUCAUGUGUAAAUAUGCUGAAUACAUUACAAGAGGGAAGGAAAUAACAUUUACACAGGAACACAUGCCUUACUUCCGUAGGCGUAUGGUGUAUGAAAUUGUUUCUAAAAAGUUGUUACAAUGAUGACAGACACAUUUUCUAUUUCAUUCAGUGUUUACAUUUCAUAUUUAUAAUUUAUGAUGAUAAAGAAACUCUGGGUGCCCAUCAUGUGCAAGUUAUGUGCAAUGUGCAAACAAAAUUACUUCUAUUUGAUACAAGCUGGCUUGUCCUGCAGAUCAGAUUGAGCAGUAGAAAGCUGCAUCUCUUUAAACUGCUGUAAUUAUGGAUGGAUGAUGUAAAGUCUAAAGGCAGCUUUAACAAUAAAAUAAAAUAUAACCUAAGUCAUUUAAUACAUUUUUCUUGAUGUGAAUUAUCUUGAUUUGGAAAUAUAUUAAUUACUUUAUUUGCUUUAAAAAAAAAAAGCUUUAUUGAAAUUUUUUGGAACAGCAUAUUUAAUUCUUUAUCAUUGAAAAACUAUUUUACACACAAAAAAUACUUGAUACUUCUUAUCAAAGAUUCAUACUAAUUUUUUAGGCCAUAACAAUUAUAGAAUCACCCAAUAAAAUGGGCAACGAAAGAUCAAUUAAUGUAGUCUGAUUGCAACAACUAUAGAUGUUAAAGGUAUAUUCACUACCCCAGGCAAAACACAUGUUCAAACUGCUUUGUUUGAAUCAUUUUGUAACUCAUUAGGUAUACAAAAAUACCUCUUCUUUGUAUAUAGCACAUCUGAAUUGUAUUUUUGUUGUAAUGCAAUUCUAAACCUAUUUAUAAAUUUUGGUCCUCAUCAACCUGUGGAAGAUAAAAUAUGUAUAUAUACUUUUGUAUUGUUAUGAAAUAAUGACUAUAAUUUUAAUAAAAUUGUAAAUUACUGUAAAUACAUGUUACAAAUAAAACAUUUCAAAGUGUUGAUGCCUCUAUUCAUGUUCACUAGAUUGUCAGUUCAACCAAACUAUUUUCUUUUUUAUUUUGUGACAAUAUCAAGCAUUCAAAUUUAUUACUUGAGAUCAUUCUCAUCUUUGAAAAAAAAAUGUGCAAGACUUUUUAUGUUUAAUUAAAAUGACAUUUUUUUAUAAACAGAAUCCUUGUUGUUUUGUUGACCAUUACCUGGACCAAAACAUUAUUUGCAGCUUCCAUUAACUCACUUUCUGUCAAGAAAUAAACUGUUUUUGAAGACCUAAGAAACAUAGAAAACAAACCAAUGUAAGGAAAUAUAUUCCAUGAAUUGUUUAAUAUUGACUCAACCACAGUUUAUCAGUGAUAAGUGAAUGUCUACCAAAUUAUCAUCCAGACUUCAUGGUAAAAUCUCAUCUCAGAUCAUAUGAUCCUAAAAGUGUCAACUAUUUUAGAUGUUAAUGAAAGUUUGAAGCAUAAAUAUAAAGCAAUAAAUUCAGAUUUAAUUCUAAUAAUUUUAGCAAACAAAUAAUUUUGAAAA